AUGAAGGUCACAACAACAACAACACCACCCGAUGUGGCCACAACGAGUAUGGACCAUCAAAACGAUGAUGACAAACCUCUUCAUCCUCUUCACCAAAAGCAUCCAUCAUCAAAUCUUCUUGUUCAUCGUUCAUUCAUGAUCAUUUCCAACAACAAGAACGAUCGUGAUCAUCACGAGGAGAAGGAGCCAUCCACAGACUGGACCAUCCAAUCAUCUUCCGAUGAUCCGUGCUCCGUUCGCAGAUCACAUCGACGUUCUGAAUCGUUCUCAUCACCACUCUCUCCGGAUCAGAGUCCUCCCAAAUCAGACUUCCAAAUCAUUGAUCAUCAUUCUGUGAUUGGUGACCAUCACCAACUACCACAACAAGAGCAAUGGAAGCAACAACGGGAACAAGAACAACUUUGCAAGGGUGAUUUGAAUUUCUCCUUGUCUUCUUCCUCGUCGUCGAUGUCAACUUCGGAUUUGAGUUCUCCUUCCUUGUUAUCGAUUCUUGGAGAAUGGAUGAAGAAGAACACUCACAUUGGCGGUGCUGGUAGUCACAACAACGCCACUACUACUGCUACUACUGGAACGAAUACCUUUGCUGUUUCUGGUGAGGAGGAAGAGGAAGAGGAGGAAUGGAUGAUGAAACUUUCAACAAGAUCAUUUGGUGGUGGCGAUGAAAAACAAAAUUCGAAUUCUUCAAAUUCGUGUUCUUCACCUUUUGAAAGUCAAACAUUUUCCAUUGAAACGGAAGAAAGUAUUGAAUAUGAAGAAGAAGAAUUACCACUUGGAUCAGAGGAUCUUGAUCACGAAGAGAAUCAAGAAGAAAUCUCCUCUCGAGAGAUGGUGACUUGUUUUAGAGAAGAUUCUCUUCAAUCCAUUAAGAAAGAAGUACAAUCAACAAGAAGGAUAGAGAAGAGAAGAACUGUGGAAAGAAUAUUCAGAGAUGAUCCAUGCGGAAAUGUGGUGGAGGAGAGUGAAGAAUUGUUGAGAAGUGGGUUUUCUAAAUUUGGAAGUCUAUUGAGGCUUCUCAAAGAAUUGAUGUAUGAAGCAAAAGAACAAUUGAUGCAUGAAUGGGAUGAGAAUGGAAGAUACUUGUUCAACUAUUAUUAUCAGCAAUUGGCAUCUUCAAGUGAAGAAGAAUUGAAUCCAAGUCACUUGUCAAAACUCUUUCGUGCUGUCACCCCUCAAACCAUUCAACCAUUGAUCUUUGGUUUGGUGAAUAUAACAAAUCGAUUAUUGUCACUCAAAACCACUGCCAUCACAAACAACUCUCAUGAUCUCUCCAUUCUGUCCAAUAGUUCCAACAAAUUUCACACAAACAAUCCACACAGCUUUGCACUCGUUCGACAAAAACGACAUCACAUUAAGGAACUUCCUCGUGAAAUUCUCGAAAAUAUCUUUAGCUUUUUAUUUCAGAAAGGUGGAAUUUCAAACAAAUUCUCUUCCACGUCCAUGAACUCUUUGUGUGAAGAGGAUUUCUUAUCACCAUUCGCACGGGCCAAUAUUUUCAGUGUUUUACUCACAUGUCGUGAAUGGUAUGAAGUCGUGACAGAAUCUACUCAAUUCUGGAGAGAGAGAGUCAUUCGAUUGAGUUUUCAUUUGAAACGAAAAGAAUCUCAUGACAUGAAUUCUGCCUCCUUACUUUUUGAAAACGGAACAACCUUUAGAUUACAAUCUUCUCAACAACAAUUUCAAAAAUCGCAACAAUGUCAAAAACCUCAACAACCACAAGAAAUUCAAAAAUCACGUCGAAAAGUAACCUUCGCCUUAUCACCUUCCACUUUGAAUCAUGGAAAUCACUUGGAAUCAAGUUUUGUAAAUUCACCACCAAAUUCAAUAAUGAGAAAAGUUCACAUGAUGACUUGCAAUCCACAUCAGCAGGAUCCUCCACUCACUCACAUUUCUGUCCAUUCCCAAAAGAAGGCAUUAUUAGACGAAACACUUCUCGAUCUUGACUUGAAAAUGAAACGUUUCCAUACAGAUCAUCCUAAACGUGCCAAACAAUUCUACUUUUUCUAUUGGCUUUCACUAUUAAGACAAGUUCAAGAACAACAAGCAAGAAAACAUGAAAAUUCCAUCCUUCAAGUGUCCUCUCUCUUUCAUGACGAAGACGACGACGACAUUGAGACCACCGCCACUGCACAAGUAUCUUCACAACAACAAGCAUCGGGUGGUGUCUUGACAACAACGAAUCGAAUGAUGAUGCAUCAUCAGAGAAAUGCAUUUCUCUCUUCACGAUUAAGAUUUCAAAAUGGUGUGGAAAUUGUAUUUGUGUUGAUUGUGGGAUUGUUUUUCGUUUGGCAAUGGUUGGGAUUGUUGGUGUUUGGUGGAAUUUUCUCAAAAUCCAAUUCGAGGAGUGGACGAGGAGGAAAUAAGAUUGUGAGCUCUCAUAAGAGGCGACUCAUUCACUGA